GCCACCUGGUGACUACACGAAACUACGUCCAGAAACUAGUCACAAAAUUACCUGCAAAACAAAGCGAGAUAUUAUUACAAGAACCAUUUGUUUUAUACUUGAGGAAAAAUGGCAUAAAUAAGGGCUCUUUCACAGGAGCCGAUGCCAUGCGUGGAAUCCACUGCCUGAAAGAGUGCCAAGCAGAGACAGAGAGCAUUAACAUUGAUGAUAAUGCUCUUUGCUUCUCUGCGACCUUUUUACUACAAAAUGACGGUGACCACUUUAUCUCACAGAGAAGCAAAGAGCAUUAUCAUCAAUGCCAAUGCUCCCUGGCUCUGCUGUGAAGCGACUGUUCACACUAAGAAGAACAAUAAAGCUUUUCGAAGCACGACACAAAAAAAGACAGUUGUCAGGGCAACGAUCAGCUGACCUGAGCCUCACGUGACUGUAGUGUUUGCAUCUGGAGGUAAUGAUGAGAAGCUGACAGAGCGGAGGAGCAGGAAGCGCGUGAGGACCGCCUGGUGUCACACCGGCUCCCAGAAUGAGUCAUGGCUACCACCAGGCUGAGAACCGAUGAGUACAACAACUACAGCUCCACUGAAGCCAGUCCCAGUGAGGAGAGCGCCCCGGGGAUCAUCAACAGCCUUGUGCCUAGAUCCAGACAGUACGAGAGGCUUGGAGAACAUGGCAGCAGCAGCACCACAUGGUUCCAGACGCUGAUACAUUUACUAAAAGGGAACAUUGGGACUGGACUCCUUGGCCUGCCGCUGGCUGUAAAAAAUGCUGGCAUUCUGUUGGGUCCUUUGAGUUUAGUUGUUAUGGGAAUCAUCGCUGUUCAUUGCAUGGACCUCUUGGUAAAAUGUGCAAAUCACAUCUGUCAGAGGAACCAGCUUCCAUUUGUGGACUAUGGAGAUGCUGUGAUGUAUGGUAUGGAGUCCUUUCCAAGUCAGUGGCUGAGAAGAUAUGCUGUCUGGGGAAGGAGGACUGUCGGUUUCUUCCUCAUUCUCACUCAGCUGGGAUUUUGCUGUGUAUACUUUGUGUUUCUCGCUGACAACGUAAAACAGGUAGUAGACGCCGCCAAUGGCACAACCAACGACUGCAACUUCAAUGCAACUGUGCUGCUGGAAGAGAGCAUGGAUUCCAGGCUUUACAUCCUGUGCUUUCUUCCGUUCCUCAUCCUUCUGGUGUUCAUCCGGGACCUCCGCCUUCUGUCCGGCUUCUCUCUGCUUGCCAAUUUGGCCAUGCUGGGGAGUGUAGUUAUGAUCUACCAGUUUAUUGGAAGGGACAUACCGGAUCCGACGCACCUUUCCUAUGCCGCCAGCUGGCGAACAUAUCCUCUCUUUUUUGGGACAGCCAUCUUUGCCUUUGAGGGCAUCGGAGUGGUCUUGCCCUUAGAAAACAAGAUGAAGAUCCCUCAUCAGUUUCCAUUGGUGUUGUAUGUCGGCAUGGGAUUUGUAACACUUCUCUACAUCAGCAUGGGGACGCUUGGCUAUUUACGAUUUGGCUCUGAUAUUAGGGCCAGCAUAACCCUGAAUUUGCCCAAUUGUUGGUUAUAUCAGUCGGUGAAGUUGCUGUACUCCUUUGGAAUUUUCAUCUCCUUCGCAUUGCAGUUCUAUGUGGCUGCAGAAAUAAUAGUCCCGUCAGCCACCUCGCGAGUGGGAGAGCGCUGGGGGCUGUUGGUCGACCUUUCUGUUAGGGCAGCUCUCGUUUGUAUCACAUGUGUCUUGGCAAUCCUCAUUCCUCGGCUGGACCUGGUCAUCUCACUGGUGGGAUCCAUCAGCAGCAGUGCACUGGCUCUCAUCAUUCCACCUCUCCUGGAAAUAGCCACUUACUACUCAGAAUGUCUUAGCCGUUGGGUCAUAGCCAAGGACAUUAUCAUCAGUCUUGUGGGCUUCAUAGGGUUUGUUCUCGGGACCUAUGUGACCCUAUGGGAGCUCAUUGUGUCAGAUUCCAGUGCAGGUCACGUCAAUGCCACUUUAUACGCAGUGCAAUGAGGCACAGAGCUCCAUGUCUUGGUUCCACGAAUGUUCCAUCUAUAUAUUUUUGGUCUCAAUAUUAGUGAAUGUAUUUAUUUUACCUGGUGGCUGCCAAAUAUGCUACACCUGUGGUAAGUGUCCAGCCGUGUAAAAUGAGUCGGAGCAUUGUCUUCUUGCUCCAUGAGAGGUGUACUUUUCUUCUGUUGCUCUCACCCAAAAAAUGACUAAUACUGCCAAUUCUGUUCCAAAAAAUGAGGAUUUAUGUUUAAUGUAAGAAAUACACAAGGAUAGUUCUAUUAUUACAUAGUUAAUUAUGAAAAUGUCUUUCCUAACCUAAAUAAUUGAUAACCCUCAGUGUUAUUUUAGAUGAGCAUCUAGCCCUUUUUAAAUGCUGCCAUUGUAUGUGCUGCUACUACCUCUUGGGGUAGCCCAUUCCAUAGUUUGACUACUCGAACUGUAAAAAAUCCUUUCCUGUAUCGAUGUCUACAAGAUUCCCAUUACAAAAAAAAGUUUUUUGGGUGUACAGGAUAACUUUUCUCUUAAAAGGACUGUGAUCCUAGUACUUUACCAAUCUGUAUGGGCUGUUAAAACCCAAUAUGCUCAUCUGAUAACAGCAGGGGAAGCUGUGGACAUUUUCCCUGGCAUGGCACCUGGACAUGGUCAUACAUUGCUUUCGCUUAAAGAAAGGGGUUCCAAGUGGGGAAGUGCCCCUUUGUUAUCUACAAUACGGUAUAUAUUAAGGGGUGGUCCAUAUAGAACACUCUUUUAAAGGACAUCCGUCAGUAGAUUUGUUCCUAUGAAACUGGCGGACCUGUUACAUGUGUGCUUGGAAUCUGAAGGCAUCUGUGUUGGUCUCAUGGUCAUAUGUGCCCACAUGGCCGAGAAAAAUGAUGUUUUGUUAUAUGCAAAUGA